AUAAGUGUGAUCCAGAGUCGGGAAUCUUUAUCGAGCAAUUCAUUUGCCGAGUUAACUUACUGACAAAUACAAGUUUUUAAUGAUGAACGCAAUGAUGAAUGGAGUGGUCGUUUUUCUUAUGGUAGUGGUUGUUGCCAAGGCUCAAGUACCACUUCCGGGAUCGUGUCCUGAUGUCCAAACCCAGCCCGACUUUGAUUUAAAUCAGUUUUUAGGAUUAUGGUUUGAGUCUGAACGUUAUUUUGCCGGGCCCGAAGUUUUAGGAAAAUGUGUGACCGCGGAAUAUAGUCUUGGAGAUAAUGGGACCGUAUCUAUCCUUAAUAGUCAAAUAAAUAAAAUCACUGGCACUCCUACAAGCAUAGCAGGUUAUGGUACAGCUUCAAAGGAUGAUCCGGCCAAAUUGUCUAUCGUCUUUCCAUCUUUACCAGUGAAAAUCCAAGCCCCCUACUGGAUAUUGGAUACGGAUUAUAAAAAUUAUGUUGUUGUAUGGUCUUGCAAUGACUUUUUGUUAUUUAACACAAAUAAUGCCUGGAUUUUAACAAGAUCUAAUAAUCCGACCGAAGCAAUUUUACAAAAGGCUUACUCCGCACUGGAAAAAAAUGGUAUUAGCACGAAAUAUUUGAUAAAAACUGAUCAAACAAAUUGUCCCUCAAAUUAAUUCAGCCAGUUUUUAAAUUUAUUUAUUAGGUAAACACUGUUUUAGCAUAAUUUAUAAAGAAUGUGAAACUGUGAACCCAGGGAAUAAGUAAAAAUACCUACAUGGUUAAAUAUAUUUGACUUUAAGUCUAAAUAAUAAUAAUCAAUUUUAACUAUUAUUAUUUUGCAGAGAAUAAAAUAAUUUAAAAACAUUGAA